AUGGCCUAUCGGGAAAAUGCUCCAGGCUGCGAGCCCCGGCACAAUCUCAUACCUGUCUGGGAUGGGGCACCGCAGGGUUGGAGGCGCUACAGGGACGACGUUGAGAUCUGGGCGCUUGGGACCAAUCUGGAGGUCAACUACCGUGUGGCGGCCCGGCUGGUCUCGAGGCUUCGAGGGGCAGCUCGUCACGUCGGGCUCCGCAUCCCUCGGGACCAGCUCCAGCCCCUCCCAGCUGUCGCGGAGGUGCGCGACGACGACGGCAACAUCGUGGAGGAGGCUCAGCCGGCCGACGACAUGCGAGGAAUCAACAAUGUGCUGGGGGCGCUGGAGGCCGCUUUAGGAGGCAAGUACGUUACCAGGCGCGGAGAGACCAUGGCCGACUUCUUCAGGAGUGCUCACUACAAUAGGAGGCCAGGGGAGCGCAUGAUGGACUAUGUGGCACGCUUCGAAGAAGGCGUUCAGAAGUUCGAUGACGACGGAGUGCGGUUUGCAGACCAGCAUGACAUCCUGGGCUGGUGGUUUCUAGAGAAGUGCUGCCUGUCCGCGGAGCGCCGUGAGCGCGUCGUUUCGCAGCUGCCCGACGACAAAUACGCGUACCGCGACAUCAAGACGAUUGCGAUCUGGAUAUUCCCCGACUUGCAAAUUACAGAGGCCAGGAGGUCGCUACCGCAGCGACCGCACCAGCAGCGAGGCCAUCGAUGGUUCCCAGCAGGUAGUGGCUCUGGCGCAAGAGGAGUGAACGCUACCGAGCAUGAGGAGCUCCACGGCGGCGACGACCAGGAGUUCUGCGACGAGCUCGGCGAGUACGACAAGUACGGCGAGGACGGCCACGAGGUCAACGAAGUAAAAAUCUCCGAGAUCCAGGGGUUCGUGCGACAGGAGCUCGAGGCCCUCACGACCGAGCUGGAAGACGCCGAGGUGGACCUCUCGGCUGACCAGACCGCGGCCCUGGAGGAAGCAGCGCUGCAGGUCUCCCAGCUGCCCGAGGCUCUCGGGGUGGUCAGAGACGCGCGCGGCAGGAUCCAGGAGCGAGAUGGUGGUGGCAAGUCCACGGGCAAGUCUCGCGGCCGAUCGGCUGGACGUGGGGCUGCUGGGCCAGGCCGUGGUCCGCAAGGUGGCAGUGGUAAGGGCCGUGAGCUCGCGGAGAAGCUGAAGCAACGCAAGCCGAAGCCGACCUGCAAGGCCUGUGGGCUUCAAGGGCACUGGGCUGGAGACCCGGAGUGCAAGGCUCCGCGGGCUACCAUGGUGACGGCGGGCGACGACUCGGACUCGGGUCACGACGCCAUGGCCGUGGAGCAGGUGACUGGCAAGAAGCUGUUCGAGAAGCAGGUCCUCCGCAACGAGCUGGUGCACAUGGUCAACGACCAUCUCAGGGGCGUGGUUGACUCAGCGUGCGUCGUCUCCGUGAUGGGCGACGUCUGGUGGGAGGCCUAUUUCGGGGCGCUGAAGGCGAUCGGGAUCGACGACCUUGUCGAGCGCGAGCAGAUCGACGAGAAAGUCAGGGCCUGCGUCGUGAAGAGUGAGAAGCUCAACCUACAGUUAGGGCGAGACUUCCUGGAGGCGAUCGGCUCUGGCAUCGACGUGGCGCGCAGGAUGCUCACCGUCCGCACGGGUUCCCAACCGCUGCUGGGCUCCGAGAACAGCCGCUUCGCGUUGGAGCUGAAGCCCGAAAAGUACAAGGCCUUCGCCAUCGCCGCGACUACGCGCUGCGCCAAGGCUGGCGGGAACAACAAGGAGAGCCAGGAAAUCGACCAGACCACUGGGGCCAGCGCGAAGGUCAGCUUCAUUGAGCACACCGAGCCGGAGAGCGAGCCGAAGGACACCAACGAUACGUGGGCUACCCAGAGCACUAAACCAAGCAAGCCAGGCACUAUGGUCGAAUACUGCUGCGAGCUGGGCCGCCUCACGGCAGAGGUCUGGACUGCUGCAGGUGGCAAAGCACAUCGACUCGGAUGUCAAGCUGACGAUCUACGACGGCGUGAGCACUCCAAGAGGGCAGGUGACCUGUUGGAGACGUUCGCCAGAGCUGGAGGCGGACGUGCGGACGUACUGUGGGGCAGCCCACCCUGCAGCCCUUGGACGGCGCUCCAGAACUUUAUGAAGAAUAACGCCCGGCUGGCCAUCGACCAGGGCGAAAGCAGGCACAUGAUCAAGUUGUUCAUCGUGGAGGCCAAGCGGGCCCCAGAAGUUGGAGCGACCGUCACGUUCGAGCGGCCUGUGAACUGCAACGGCUGGAAUGAGCCCGAGAUCCUACAACUCAAAAGGUUGCUGCUCUUCGAGUGCGUGCUCGACGACUGCGCCUGCGGCCUGGAGAACGGCCAGACCGACAAGUCUGUCAGGAAACCCUGGAAGGGAUUCCUGAGGGGUAUCGCGGACGUCAAUUACACCUUGGUCACGCUGCAGAAUGAUCCCGAGGGCGAGGGCAUAGGGAAGGAGCCCAGAGAUAUCCUCGCGACUCUAGAGCCCGAGCACAGGUGCGUCGAAGUACGCUAUCGCAUCUGCGCUGGUCCACAAUUGCCCUACCUGCAUCAAGCUGGCUUCGCCCUCGGCCACGGUGGCAUCUUCGCUGAGGGAUCGUUGAAGGAGUUUGGCGACUGCUUGGCCAUCGACACUUUCGAGCUCGCCGACGCCCAGGGCGGCAGCAAGGCCAUGCUGGACUCCUGGUCGCUGACGCUGGGGGGUCCGAACUCGGUGAUCGCAGACAUGGGCGGCGAGUUCGAGCGCGAGGUCAAGGACGAGCUGGAGUGCAUGGGCUCGAGGAUCGUCUCGAGCGCAUCCUACAGCCCGACGCAGAACGCUAUCUGCGAGAUGCACGGCCAGACGUGGAAGGCACACGCACGCGCCCAAAUCUCCGAUUUAGUUCUCACUUUCAAGAAGGAUGAUCAAAUCACGUGGAUGACGGCGGCGAUCGACUACGCGGUGAACUCUGCAGUGGGGCGCUCUGUGGCGGCACUCGAGGCCAACCACAAGAUCGGCGAGGCCUUCCUCGCCAAGAACAGGGCCGCCACCACGGCCCUGGCGGCAGCUACAUACCAG